UGUCGGCAGAUCUUCUCUGACAGACAUCAUAGUAUUGUCAUUUCCUUGUUAAUCCCGAGUCUGAUUCUCCCUCAGACCAAGCAACAAGUUUUCUCAAAGAAGAUAUCAUAAUGAGCUACGACUACGGGAAGGUUCCGCCUGAAACGUAUCCUCCUCCAGGUUACCAAUCUCAGUAUCCUCCCCCGCCUCCGGUAUAUCCUCCGUCGCACCAUCACGAAGGAUAUCCUCAACACCCACACGGAUAUCCAUCGUAUCCACCACCACGACCGCCUUCACGUCCUCCUCACGAAGGAGGCUAUCAGGAGUACUUCUCCGGUGGCUUUCCUCCUCCUCCUCCUCCACCUCCGCCGCAGCAAUACAAUCAGUGUCAUCAUGAUCAUCACUAUUACCAGGACUCUAACUCUGGUUGCACCUCUUUCCUCCGUGGCUGUCUCGCUACUCUCUGUUGCUGCUGUCUGUUAGACGAUAUCUUCGUCUAAGAUUGGAGAGUUACUCAAUUCUCAUAAAAAACUUAUAUGAUUUGGUGUAUGUUUCUUUCUCGAAGCUGUCAAUCUAUACUUAAAAGAUUACUCCAUUGGGUGUUGGAAUGAGCUUACAAAGCCAUGAUACCAAAACCAUAGCUUAUUGGCAUUCAUUUAUAGUUUGUAUGCUUUAUUUGAACACAAGCAGCUUGAGUAUUGAUAACAACUUUAAUCUA